AUGGAAAGCCUCCUGCAGCCGGAUGACACUUCGCUAUUUGAAGUCAGGGUCUUUGUUGACGGUUUGUGCGUGGCGGGAAGCGUGAUUUCCCAAAGAACGAACUGGCCGCAUGUGAUCGAAUUAAGCUCCCACGUCGACAAAAACGGCAAUCAAGACACUCUACGCUUUCCGCCGUUCCACCAGGAAAUUUUGGAGCAAAGGCACUGGGAUGCAGGAGACCUCCAUGGCAGAGUCAGAGUAGUGAUUGCAGAAGGGUUUGCGCGCCCACAUCGCAGUCCUCCUUUUGAAAGAGUUAAAGAAAUCAUGGCGUUUGCGUUCCAGCACGCUCCUCUGAACGUCCUAGAGUACUCUAGUAUUGCCUGGCCGAAUACUUCAAUGUGGAGCAAAGAACCACGACUUUUCAAGUACAAUGCAGGAAGCGGGGUGAGUGACCUCAAGGAAGCAGACGAUGUACACGCCCAUUCACCUUCUCGACAUGAAGCCCGGCCUCCGGUAACUACUACCGGACAAAUUGGUAACCCACCGGCGCUGAACCUCUGGAGAAAUAGGAACUACCAGGGCCCUGUGCCACAAUGGCAGGGUAACUACAGGGAACCUCGAUGGGCUCCUCCGGAGACAGCCUUCGCCGACCCAUUUGUCGAUCCAUACAUGCUUGACCCAGCUGCACGUCACCGGGGCGCGAGACAAUCUUGGGAGGACGUAUCAAUGCCGGACUAUAUCUCAAGUUCCAACAGUAGUCGAGCGAUCUCAAGCAUGACGGGUAUUAGCUACGAGCAUAGCAAACAUCCUAGCCUUGUUGCCCCUAUGGACGAAGACGCGUAUAGCCAGCUAAUCCAGGCCCUCAGCCCGCCUAGACCGCUCUCUUUCAGUACUCACGCUCAAUCGAACCCCUCCACUACUGCUGCUCUACCUAUGGGAAGUAAGCUUUCGGCUGCGGCAGAAGCACGGUCUCAAUCCUACAGCAAAAGUGGGGGCCGCCGCGGCUCCACCAGUAUCCUAAAAGACAUCUCGUACCCAGGCACUCGAGAUGUAUCCGAAUCAAGUGUCAAAUCAAAUACCGCUCCAUCCGACCCCGCUGCAGCCACCAAGCUUCAUCCCAGCCCUAGUGGUCCUGUUAAGAGUAGAAAGGAAGGGCUAUCUCAGGAAAACAAGGAAAAUGAAGCGGAAACUACUCAUAAAGAGAGUGGUAAAUUACACCAAACCCCUUCAAAACUCAACGUUCAGACCAGUGGCAGUAUGGAAACUCCCACUGAGGGCAAAAGAAGACGCUCGGUCGGCUCUGGUCGCGAAGACUGUUUAAACAUUGGCAGGAAGGAGCCAACACUCGUCUCACCCACCCAUGAUCUCCCCACGGUAGAAGGCGACCAUCAUCAGAACGAGUUCGAUGGUUUCCUGAGUUCGAGACCUACGCUCAUGAGUGCCACAGCUGAGAUUGGUGAGAUAGACCCCAACUACGACACUAUGUCAAGGGUUGAAAUGCAUGCCAAACUGGAGGAUCAGGAACAAGAAAUCAACAACCCGCAAGAUACCCAUUUAGAUGCUGUUUCCACGGAAGUAGGCGAGUUUAGAGAUCAGUCUCGGACAGCAUCCAUCUAUCGGGCGGCAUUAGUAACACUUGAUUCAAUAGAUAUGGAGUCAAUCAGCGACUCGAAAAUUCUAUAUUAUUUUGGGGUGUUAGCGACCAAGGCACUUCUACUCCCUAGGUUCCACUUUACAAGCAGCCGGAAGUCCAGGUACUGGGACGUAAAAAUGACGAUUUAUGGCAUGACAUUAGUUCGCUCACAUGUCUAUACGUCUCGAAGAGUUGCAAAAGUUUCCAUCUGUAGGGAAGCUUUGAAGAAGCUAAAGAAUGAAUUCCCAAACUGGAUCGUACCCGAACGACCUAAGGAUUCGAUUUCACCUCUUGGCUGGAACUGGGUAGAAACGCUUUAUGAAUACUGCGUGCAUCAAAGUCUUCCCGAGCCGAAAUACACGAAAUAUGUUCAUCACAAAGGGUACCGCCACGAGGUAGAAGUGGAUGGCGGUACAUACUUUGGUUCUCUCAAGUACUACUCUCAGGAGUUGCAGUCAAAACAGGGCGCAGCACAUGUAGCCCUCUAUGAUGUGCUUGUGAGAGAUGACGGGGAUGAAGUCGAAACGGGGGGGCUUCCAAUCUUGAGUAAAUCCAACGAAGCUCUACUGGCUGUUAUUCCUCGAGACCCGCGCCAGACAUCCACUGGAUGGGUUGGAUCUAGCGGAGUUCCGAGCUUGGAACAGUUCAAUGAGUCUCCGUUGGUUGUGGCUCCUCGAAAUCCCUAUAGCCCGUCCACUGAACCACGUGCGUCAUCAAAGAGGAAUUUUGAGGACCACGAAGAGUCGAGAAGAGUGAAAAGACGUGGCGGUAGAAGCAAGCCGCCGAUUAAUUUUUCUCGGGCUUGCAAACCAACUCCAGGAAACGCCAACUUACAGCCGCUUGAAAACUGUAGGUUGGCGGCGGUUGAGGCUACUGUUGUCGAAGAACAACGGCGCUGGAAGGUUACACCUUCAGAGAUAUCACGUAAACUUCGAGACAUUGGGACCUGGGUCGCAAAACUAGAAAGUAACGUGAAUCUCAUUCUUCCUUCCACUUACACCAGAUCUCGAACCCCAGGCUAA